UAGUGCUAGAAGCCUCUGCAGGAAUGUAGCUCUCCUGGGGCACAGCCUGGGCCUCCAUGGCCCACUUUCAAGAUCCAGAAUAGACUCUGACAUGUGAAACAAGCUCCACGGGGUUUACAAUCCUCCUUCAUAUCCAAGCACCUUAAACACAAAACUUCACACCAGGAUUGCUAACCAUUCUUCCAGAGAUGCCUGGAGAUCAUCUGUCUGGCAGAAAUCCUUGAAAGCACCAUAACGAGCAGCUGCUGAGCCAUGGCUGAAGGGGAAAUCACAACCUUCACCGCCCUAAUGGAGAAGUUUAAUCUGCCUGCGGGGAAUUACAAGAAGCCCAAACUCCUCUACUGUAGCAACGGGGGCCACUUCCUGAGGAUCCUUCCAGAUGGCACAGUGGACGGCACAAGGGACAGGAGCGACCUGCACAUUCAGCUGCAGCUCCGUGCGGAAAGCGUGGGGGAGGUGUACAUAAAGAGUACCGAGACUGGCCAGUACUUGGCCAUGGACACCGAUGGGCUUUUGUACGGCUCAACACCAAAUGAGGAAUGUCUGUUCCUGGAAAGGCUGGAAGAAAACCAUUACAACACCUAUACAUCCAAGAAGCACGCCGAAAAGAAUUGGUUUGUAGGUCUCAAGAAGAAUGGAAGCUGCAAACGCGGUCCUCGGACUCACUAUGGCCAGAAAGCAAUUCUGUUUCUCCCCCUGCCAGUCUCCUCUGAUUAAAGAAAUCUCUUCUGGGUGCCGACCACUCCAGAGGAGGCUGAGGGGAUCCUCACCCAACUGACCCCAGAUUGCUCCCUUGACCAUGGCUGCAUUAACCCCUGGCCCACAGAGCCUGACUCUGUAAGCAAUGCGCUUCUAAAUGCCCCAUUCACUUUUUUUGCAGAGCCUCUUAGCCCAGCACAGUUUGGAGCAGAGGGAACAAAUUGCUUCUAGGGGCCAACUGGCUGGUCAGUCUGGGUGUGUGGAUGUCCAGUUGCCUCCGGGCACCUGCUAUAGGCUGAGCCUCUCAAAGCAAAGGUGUGGCCAAAUGAAGUGUGUUCAGGGGCCUGCCAUGUGGGUCAUUAGUAACUGCAUACAAUUCCCUCUACUGAGUAAACUCUGUUGGUGAUUCCCCCAAACAUCUCGCAUGAUGCCCUUUCGUCCUUUCAGUUCCCCACAUAUAUUAACAGAGAAGUUUAUGACUAGGUUAGGGGAAGGCAGUGUUCCAUGAGUGGAAACUGGGACAAAGAAAUCAACCCCCCGCCCCAAAGAGAAGGGACUAAAAUGGCAAAUGGAGAUUGGGUUCUGGUGGACAGCUUAGGAGGAUGGGCUCUCAAUGCAGAAUUAACAAAGAAUGGGAGGCUUAGUCGCAAGAAAGCAGAAUGCAUCCAUAGCUUUGGAAGUCCUUACGAUGCCUUGACUUUCCCAAGAUUAUUUGGGAGCAGGAAGCCCCAGGAUGAUGUCAGAUGGGCAGCAUAAGAAGUGGGCUCUUGAUAAAAGCAAAAACAUCCAAUGUUGGUAAAUUCAUUUGGGUCUGGAGUGUGGGAGUGCUGAGAAAGAAAGGAAAUGUGGGCUGAGGGGAUGCUUUCCUAGAAAGAGGUAGAUUCCAGAAGUGAGGAGGAAAGAGAGACGGACACCAUGACUUGUGCCCAGUCCCCAGAGAACAGAGGAACUGGGGUCCCAGGCAAGACUUAAAAAUCACAAGCAGACUGAGAUCGAGUGUAGAUUCUGGGGCAGUGGGUCUGGGGUGCAGUCUGUAUUUCUAACAUGCCCUGGGGGCUGCAGGGGCUGCUGCCCUCUCCCCCACCCCCACUUUAUGUAGCAAAGUGCUGAAGCAAAGGAACGUGGCUCAAGCCCCCUGACCCUCUCUUGCCUCCCCCUUAGAAACAUACACACCCCGAGACUUCCUGAGCGUUUAGGCAGCGUCAGCAGCAGUGACGCUGAUGUGACGGAUCAUGGAUUUAAGGCGCUUUGGCCCAGUGGCUAUAAAAUACCCAUUUAGAAGAGAUCCAAAAGCAUACUUCAAAAAUGUUAAACCCUCACCAACAGCUUUUCUCAAGAGACCAUUUGUGUUACGAUUACUUGUAUAAAUAUGCUUCCUGCUUAAGGUAAACUUGACCCAAGUGGCUAGCAAAUUAGAAACACCAUUCAUCUCUGACAUAUGAUACUGUUGCCAUGUAAAGGCCCUUAAUAAGCCAUUUACAUUUACUGUGAGAUUGUAUGUUUUAGUCACAUUUAAAAAUAUAGAGCUCAAAAGGCAGUUAACUGAUUGGCAUUCAGCCACUGAGAAUAAAAUAAUAGGCUAUGAUGUAUAAGUUCUUCAAUUAUCUACUACUUAUACUAUAUUUACCUAUAAAAAGAGAUUGUACUUCAUUUUCUAUUGUGCUAUUACCAAUUUUCCUUUGAAAGUGGGGACUCUGAAGCAAAGAUAUAACUGUGGAUAAAAACUGUUGAGAAUAUUAGCUCAUGGUGUAAGAAAUUGACAUGACUAAUGGAAAAAUAAUUCUUUACUAACUGAAUUGUCAUGUUUAUGAUGGGGGGAAGACAAUUUGUUAAAGUUCAAAGCAACAGUGCAACUGAGGAACUGAACUAAGUUCACACUAUGGUUCAUAAUAUCAUUCUGCAUUCAGAACUUUUUGUUUUUGUAACUUGGAUAAGACAAUUCUAUGUUAUUUUAGUAAAUCCUUACGGGCAAGAUGGGGAUCGUGCAGUGUGGUUUAACAUCUCCUUACUCUGAAGAUCUGGCAGAAAAGGGUACCGAGAGAGGAAAUCUAAGAUAUUUAUAAUGGUCCAUAAUUUUUAGUGUAUGAAUCAAAUUCAAAUAUAACACUGGCCAAGAAAAAUUAAAUGUUGCUAACAGAUGAGACAGAGGUCAGUGGUUUCAGAGAUCCAAAGCAGUUAGAAGAAACACUACGGUGGCCUCCACAACCUCCGCCCAGUCAUUAUUCAUGCAUUCAUUCAGUGAAUAUGUAUUUUGUGCCUACUCUGUGCCAGGCACUGUCCUGGGUACCGGGGCCCCUGGAAACCUUGUCUGUCUGGUUCACUGCUGUACUCUUUCCCAGGGCAUUAUAUUUAUGAUGAAAGACGCUGUGGAUUCAUUUACUUCAGUCAAGUGAAAACGCAGACUGUAUAGGUUCCCGCUGAACAAACAGCAAGUCCUAGAAACCCAGGUUCUGGAAGAAUUUGCAACACCCAGUGUAAGAUAAAUCCCUAUCAAGGUGUCAGAGGACAUGGUGAGGUAAACCUACUAUUUUCAACCGUAGAACCAUGUCGGCUUCAGGGGCACUGCUUUCAAAUUGGGAAAAGAGCCUGUCAGGUCUUGUUGGGGCGGCGGGGUGGUUGUCAGAUGCCCCGCCACAAGGAACAGGCUCUAGUUCCUUAAACAUGGAUGGAGCAUUGCUGUUGUGCUCUCUCUCUUCCUUGAGAAAGUCACGUAGCCAUCUGCUUGUCACAUGCCUCUCGUUUGGAUUCAUUCUCAGGCCAACUGUUAAGAAUUGCCUGAUAUUCUGUAUGACGCCUCAGGAGCAUUUAUGCUUUUGAUUGUUCCCAACAUGGAGGUGGUUAGUGAUCUGUUUCCUUGUGAGGGAUGAUAAUUAGAGCCUCCUCCAGCCAACAGUGUGGAAUUAUCAAAAACUGACUAGAACAUCAAGUGGUCCUAAAGAUCAAGGUCCUUGCUUUGUGUCAGAAGUGACAGAGCCCGACUCCUCAGCCUUGGGGAACGUACUGCCUAAACCAACCAAGACCAUGGGCUACAAAGCAGACCUCUGAUGAAGAAGACGUCUAUCAUUUUACAUCACUGUUGCUCUUUUUUUGGCACCUUACAGGUAUUAAUAAAUGUUCCACUAAAAGGUGAUAAUGUCUCUCUGAGUUUUAAAACAACACAGUC